CAACGCCCAACUAAGAUCAGGUCCGCUAAAAGAGCGGCAGCUCCCGCUGUGCGGAUGAGAGGCAGAGCAACGCAAUUAUAAGGCGAGACGAGAGUACUCCAAGCUCUCCCCCAUGGCUCUCUCCUCCUCCUCCUUCUCACCCACCUCUCCCUCCUCUCAUCCCGGCUCUCGUCCAGUUUCCUGUCCUCGCUUCACUACCGCGCGCCACUUGGCCAGCUUCCACCGCCCUCGGCCUCCUCUUCUCCCCGCCAGCGCAAUCGCUUCUCUCCGCGCUCUCUCGAAUCCUUUCUCCGUUUCGCGCGCCGUUUCUCUCAGCAAAGCCCAUGCUGGCGGACGCCAGACGCGCUUCUCUAUCAAGGCGGGUUCUCAAGCUAGUGCUGCUGGGUCUAAUCCAUUGUCAGAAAAAAUUUCAGAAUUGAGAGAUUCAUGUUGGAGGUUUUUAAGGCCUCAUACCAUCCGUGGGACUGCUUUGGGUUCCAUAGCUUUGGUUGCAAGAGCUCUGAUAGAGAGCCCGGAGCUGAUAAAUUGGCGGUUGACAUUCAAAGCACUCUACGGACUUAUAGCACUUAUCUGCGGCAAUGGUUAUAUUGUUGGAAUCAAUCAGAUUUAUGAUAUUGGAAUAGACAAGGUGAAUAAGCCAUAUUUGCCUAUAGCUGCAGGGGACCUCUCAGUUGAGUCAGCGUGGUUUUUGGUGUUAUUUUUUGCAGCUGCUGGCCUCCUGAUCGUCGGAUGGAACUUUGGGUCAUUCAUUUCUUCUCUCUACUGUCUGGGACUUUUCCUUGGCACUAUAUAUUCUGUUCCUCCAUUUAGAUUAAAGAGAUAUCCUGUUGUGGCAUUUCUUAUUAUUGCCACGGUACGUGGUUUUCUUCUGAAUUUUGGUGUAUAUUAUGCUACUAGAGCUGCAUUGGGUCUUACAUUCAAAUGGAGCUCACCUGUUGCUUUCAUCACAACCUUUGUCACGGUAUUUGCUUUGGUUAUUGCUAUAACCAAGGAUCUUCCAGAUGUCGAGGGGGACCGCAAAUUUCAAAUAUCAACCUUGGCAACAAGGCUUGGAGUCAGAAAUAUUGCAUUUCUUGGUUCUGGGCUUUUGCUGGCAAAUUAUUUGGGUGCUAUUCUUGUGGCAAUUUAUAUGCCUCAGGUUUUCAGGCGCAGCAUCAUGGUGCCGGCGCACGCUAUCUUUGCAUUAGGGUUGAUUUUCCAGGCAUGGGUUCUGGAACAAGCGAAGUAUACAAAGGAAGCAAUUUCGCAAUUCUAUCGGUUUAUUUGGAACCUCUUCUACGCUGAGUACAUUAUAUUUCCGCUUAUAUAGCCAACUUGAGAUUCAUCCACACAUAGUAGAAGCGCAGUCAAAAACUGAUGACCCAAGAUCGUUGGCGUAAAACAAUCUUUAAUGAGCAUGGUUCGCUGCUAGGAAUGGACCGGGCAAGAGCAGAGGAUCUUGUCAAGACAUACUUCAACCUAAUCACAACUCAUUUUUACUUGUUUUAUACCUGCUACUUGUGGCUAUAUUAGUGAAGAGCCUAAUAAUUUCAAAAACUGCCAUAUAUUGCAUGCGCAGGACCGGCUUAACCAUUGCUUGGAAUGUGUUGGUGGUGCCUAAAGAAUGUUACAAUUUUCCUAGUUAAGAACCCACAGUUCAUUAUCUGUUAAUUUCUCUUAGCAUAUAUUGAUGUUAAUCACUUUGCUAUG